GUUUUGCGUUACCCAUCUAGACUAUUAAUCUACACAUCAUGUUCGGCAUGAUGCCAAUUAACAGUACAACGAAUGUUAGACAUCAUGCUGAUCUUCAAAGUAGGGGGCAGCAGCGACAACUUCUCAGUCCACUGGACUUACCAUUGAUCCUAGAGGAGAUUGGGGCCUAUCUACCUCGUAAAGAUCUUUAUGCCUGUUCGCUAGUCUGCCGUGGCUGGUAUACCCACUUUGCUCCAUCCUUGUGGUGGCUCGGACUCUAUGAUUUGAAUGUCUCAGCGAGGCCAUCAAAAUAUAAAAGCAGAUCGACCAUCCUACCCAUACACGACACAUCUGAACUGUCCUGUUGUGAGCAAGAGAUAUCCAGACAGACUAUAGAUAUCUUGGAGAGGAAUCGAGAGUUGCAAGCAUUAUGGCUGCGAGAUGCAAUUUUUACUGACUCGUGGGACCGAGACCAGCCUAAAAGCUCUGUGUCAUUUCGAGAGCGCAACCUUGAAGACCCUCUGGCCUCUUCUGCAGAUUAUUCAAUUAAGAUGCAAAUCAAUAACAAUAACCUGGCUUUACCAGUGUACGGACGAGCAGUAGCAUCCAUUACAGCAGCAGUUCCAACAUCAACCUUGCAAACGCCGCCCCAUUGGCCAGGUCUGCAUUCCGUGCGACUGCAGUUUUGUUGGAUCGACCCAAAUUUCUUGAGUAUUUUACUUUUGAAUUGUCCCAACCUCGAAACCCUCCAGUUGCAGAGUGUUUCAGUUGUACGAAGGCACUCUUCUGAAAGCCAAAAGGAGAGUAUCCUCACAAUCGACAGCUCCACUUGUGGCUUCACACCGAUAGCACAACGUCUAUGGGAUCUUGAAGUGACCUUGGAAAAUGACACGAGUUAUGAAUUUUCAGCAUGCUUCUCGUUGUGGGAGAUUAGUUUCAAAAAUAUAAAAGGCAUGGAUUGUGUUAUUCAAAGUAAUAAUGCUGCGAAUAUUUUACGACAUGCAGGUGAAAUAGAAGCUAUUCACUUGGAAUCGUUCACUAUCCACAUGCCUCUAUUUGAGGCCAUUCAACAGCACAAAACAUCCUUGACGUCAAUUAUCCUUCGAGACUGCCAUGCAGUUCCAGGCUUAGAAAGAGAUAUUCUACACCAUUUUCUACACGCUUGUUCAGCGCUCGAGAGGCUCACAUCUACCGUGAGCAUGGCUGGAAGCCAACAGAAUAUUUUUAUGAACUGCGAUCCCGCCAUGUUCGAGCAGUGGCCUUGGACUUGCUUCAACACAAUCAAAGUUCUUGAUAUCACCCCAGAUUGUGAGCCACACCAUCCGGAAGAUGGUCUAAACGUCCUGGCUAGGUCGCUAUCGAGCCUGACUGUGCUAGACCUGAGAGGUCCAUCGCCAUCAUAUAGUGGAGCAAUGUUAACAGAGGAGCACGCGGAGCGGUUUAUGGAUGGGUUUCCCAAGCUUAAAGAAAUCUGGGGGUUGAGACGGGAUGAGAAUGAAGCCUUUUUUAAAAUAGUGAAGCAGCAUCGACGAAGCCUUGCUGUCUUUGAUGCAUCAAAAUUCUAG